GACCCACUGCGGGCAAUGGUUCUUCAGGCCGAGGGUGGUCUCCACAAAGGGUGGACUGGAGCCUCGCCCCUAUCGCACCCCCGAACUACCUAGUGCCAGAUGUUUGGGGCCCGACGGGCGGUGGGGGGCCGGGGCCGCCCUAAGUUGCGCUGGGCUUGGAAGAACCGGCCUAGUAGCCGCUGCGUGGCCUGAGGCUUUAAGACACCUGAGCCCAGCCUCCUCCCAGCGGGUGUCCCCAGGACACAUUUUCUCUAGCAUGAUCCACCGGGUCUCCAGUACAUCUGGAAAGGCGCAGUCAUCCUGCACGAACCCUUUGGCAGCCCCAGACCGUCCUUGAGGACGAUGACUGAGACACUAUGGGCCACGCACUGUGUGUCUGCUCUCGGGGAACUGUCAUCAUGGACAAUAAGCGCUAUCUCUUCAUCCAGAAACUGGGGGAGGGUGGGUUCAGCUAUGUGGACCUAGUGGAGGGGUUACAUGAUGGACACUUCUACGCCCUGAAGCGAAUCCUAUGUCACGAGCAGCAGGACCAGGAGGAGGCCAAACGAGAAGCAGACAUGCAUCGCCUCUUCCAGCACCCCAACAUCCUUCACCUCGUGGCUUACUGUCUGAGGGAGCGAGGCACUAAGCAUGAGGCUUGGCUUCUGCUACCCUUCUUCAAGAGAGGUACGCUGUGGAAUGAGAUAGAAAGGCUGAAGGACAAAGGCAAUUUCUUGACUGAAGAACAAAUCCUUCAGCUGCUGCUGGGCAUCUGCAGAGGCCUUGAGGCCAUUCAUGCCAAGGGUUAUGCCCACAGGGACCUGAAGCCCACAAAUAUCUUGCUUGGAGAUGAAGGGCAGCCGGUUUUAAUGGACUUGGGUUCGAUGAAUCACGCGUGCAUCCACGUGGAGGGCUCCCGCCAGGCCCUAGCCCUGCAGGACUGGGCAGCCCAGCGGUGCACCAUCUCCUACCGGGCUCCGGAGCUCUUCUCUGUGCAGAGCCACUGUGUCAUCGAUGAGCGGACUGAUGUCUGGUCCCUAGGCUGCGUGCUGUAUGCCAUGAUGUUUGGGGAAGGCCCUUAUGACAUGGUGUUCCAGAAGGGUGACAGUGUGGCCCUUGCUGUGCAGAAUCAACUCAGCAUUCCACAAAGCCCCAGGCAUUCUUCAGCAUUGCGGCAGCUACUGGCCUCGAUGAUGACUGUGGACCCCGAGCAACGCCCUCACAUUCCUUUCCUCCUCAGUCAGUUGGAAGCACUACAACCCCCAAGUUGUAGCCACCCAGGCCAGCUUACUACCCAGAUCUGAACAGACCAGUGGCCAUGUUGAAGGUAGUCACAGUGCCCUGGGAUGCGCCUCCUGCCUGGUAGCAACCUGUCUAUUCUGUCCUCUUGUGAUUGAGGACAGAGAGGUUGGAUAGCCAGACUUCUUCCGUCUCUGCUUCUGCCCGCUCACCCCAAAGCAUCAACUGGACAGAGCACCUGGCUGAGUCGGGGUGGGUGGAAGGGUGAAUGAAGAGAGGGGAGCUGAGAGAAUCUGGUAAGGGCUCUGAGUGGGACUGCUGAACUUACAUCAUGAUUUGCCUCCAAAUUUGGGAGCAGGAGAAUGUAUAAACAGAAGAAUAAAGUGAGAGUAGCUUGGUGUGGA